AUGGAAUCCUGUCCGAAUAGAGCACUGGAACGGUGCUUGGCCUCAUUGGAUUUUCUAUCCGGUCUCGUUCCCGGCCAACCGAUUGUGCCAUACUCCUUCAUUCCGGCUGGCAGUUCGGUUGCAUUAGGUCACACCUUGUCGGAUUGGUUAAUAUCCGCGUGGACGAAUCCAUCACGCGGUCUUGCGACGUCAGAGGUGAUGCUUCAUUUACUUGUCACAAUCAAUAAUCACUGGUUGGGUGGGAUGGGAAACCCUCAAGAUUUUCCGGGCCAUAAUGACCUGAUCAAGUGGUCAGCAGAUCCAUCCAGCUUUGCCAAUCAUGUGAUCAAACAAGGGUUCUCAUGUUCCAGUCUGGAUGAUGCAGGUAUGGAUUGCACCCGACGUAAUCUGCUUCCUCAUGCACCUCUCGUAGUUUAG